UCACUUCCCUCCGUUACCGGCAAUCAGCGCUUCAAGCCCUUCUCUUUCCCCUCCCGACACCAAUCCUACCAGGGGGCGGGACUUCGAGGUUCCUACCUAGUGGAAGGCUCAGUGAUGAGUGGAUGGGAAACGAGCACGUCCUCCUCCUGGCCACGUCCCUUGUUGGUCGUGGGGCUUGGAUCUUUUAAAAUAACCUGGAGGCAGCUUGGACGGCAUUCGCCAGCAGCCUCAGGGGGUCGGCGCGUGGCUUGGCGCGAGGCGGUGUGGCGGGCGGCUUGGCUUUCAACGGAAAUCUCAGUUUUAGUUGUUUUUUUUUAAAAAGAAAAGUUGCGUCCCGUCCCCAUUCUAGCCGAUAAGUUCCACGUUCUUGUAACCUCUCUUUUUUUUCUCUCUCUCUCUUUUACCGGCGAUGGUCGCGUGGCCUCAGCGUCGCUAGGUGGAGGAAGAGCGAAGGGAAAACAGUAAAGCGAGAGGUCGCCCUGAGGGCCGCCUCGGUCGUUUAUUUUUUUCCUUUGGUUAGCGCGGUAAUGUCUCCCGUCAGCCAGGAACUGGGAGCAGGGGACGCCGCCGCCGCCGCCGCCGCCUCCAGCGCGCCCUUGCCCCCUCUCGGAGAAAGCGGGGAGGAGGCGACGGCGACAGGAGCCAAGCUGGGGAACGGGGAAUGGUGCCCCCCGGGAGAGUUUCUUGCCGCCGUCGACAGCGGAGACGAAGUGGCUCUGAUAACGGGGAGCCCUCCGGAGAAGAACGGAAAGCCGUUGCCGUCGCUGUCGCCGCCUUCCCCGCCGCCUCCUCCCCCUUCCCCGCCGCCGCCGCCUGCCCCCCCAGGGCCGAAGGAAGAUGAGGCGUUCGAGCCUCCUGAGGGCGGUUGGGGGUGGCUGGUCAUGCUGGCCGCCAUGUGGUGCAACGGCACCGUGUUCGGCAUCCAGAACUCUUGCGGGAUCCUUUUCAAUUCCAUGCUGAAAGUAUUUGGAGACCCCAAGGACCCGCAACUUAUGUUCAGGACAGCAUUGGUGAAUUCCUUAUCCAUGGGAAUGAUCUUCUUCUGUUCUCCCAUAGUCAGUAUCUUUACCAAUAUAUAUGGCUGCCGAACAGUAGCUGUUGUUGGAGCAGCUGUUGCUUUCAUUGGGCUUCUUUCAAGCUCAUUUGUGAGCUCACUUGGACCUCUCUACUUCACUCAUGGAAUCUUAUUUGGCUGUGGUUGCUCAUUUACUUAUCAGCCAUCCCUAGUCAUCUUGGGACAUUAUUUCAAGAAGCGCCUGGGACUGGUGAAUGGAAUUGUCACUGCUGGCAGUAGCUUGUUUACUAUAACACUGCCUUUUCUUUUAGAUAUACUGUCUGACUCAGUUGGCCUGCAUAACACUUUCCGAGUCCUGUGCAUUUUUGUGUUCAUUCUCUUCCUGGCUGGUUUUACUUAUAGACCUCUCAUUCCUAGUGCCAAAAAGAGUGGGGAAAAGAGCAGGUUCAUCUUUCCUCCUGCCAGAAAGAUGUUCAAUUUUUCAAUUUUCAAAAUUACAAGUUAUCGAAUCUGGGCUUUUGGAAUCCCAGCUGCUUUAUUUGGAUAUUUCAUACCUUAUGUUCAUUUACUAAAACAUGUUAAAGAACACAUUGGUGAUGAUGUUCCAGAUGCAGCACUUCUGCUUUGCCUGGGCAUUACUUCAGGAAUUGGGCGGUUGAUCUUUGGCAGAAUUGCAGAUUAUAUUCCUGGUGCAAAAAAAGUUUAUUUACAGGUUAUUUCAUUUUUCUUCAUUGGCUUGAUGUCUAUGAUGAUUCCCUUAUGUUAUACCUUUGGAGGUCUUAUUGCUGUCUGCCUCUUUAUGGGUCUUUUUGAUGGCUGCUUCAUUAGCAUUAUGGCGCCUAUUGCUUUUGAGCUUGUUGGGGCACAAUAUGUCUCUCAGGCAAUUGGGUUCCUUUUGGGCUUCAUGUCUAUACCAAUGACAGUCGGUCCACCUAUUGCAGGAAAACUGCGUGAUCAUUUAGGUACUUACAACGUUGCAUUCUACCUAGCAGGGAUUCCGCCUAUUGUUGGAGGAGUUAUUUUAUGUUUCAUCCCAUGGGUACAUGAAAAGGAAAAAAACAAAGAACAAGCUCAAGCUACUCCUAUGGAUGGAGGAACUACAGAAAAAAUGCUGGAAAACAAAAGCAUCUCAGGACUGAACUCAUUUGUGAAACAUAGCAAAGAAACAGAAUUUGUUAUUUAAUGGUUGAUUUUUUUCUACCAGA